UAAUCAAUUGAACGUACGACCAGACUGGUUAGGUUCGCUGGACGCGAGACGCCCGGGCGAAGCAGUUGGUUUGUUACUCGUUGGCUUCGUGGGGUGAGCUUCAGACAGAAGACACGGCCCAAAGUAUCACAACGAUUCCGGAAGCGAGUAGACACAGCCAAACAGUGUGUGGCUGAGUUUUGACACUCACCAAAGUGAUCCAUUUUCGGUGACAGAUUGUCAAAGUGGUGCUGAAUACUAAUCGGUCGUUUCGGUUGCUCCGCAACAGCUAAUUAAAUCAAAAAAGCAAAGAACCAAAACUGUCCCUCGCCCGAUAAAAAGGCAACUCUUCUACUACUCACAGUUUGGAAAGGGAGCGAGCUAAAGCUAAGACUCGCCAGAAGGUGUCGCCAGCUCACCAUGCGGUAAUUAUAAACGCACCCAUGCACAAUCCCGAAAGUGCAUGUGCAGGUUGCGUUACGCGAUCAAAUGAGUCGUAUUUAAAGUGUGUGCUAAAAGUAGAGUUCAAGAAAGGCCCAAGAAGACACAUCGCCGUGCGCCUUGUACCGGAGUGUACGUGCUGUGAAAGUGCAUCCUGUGUGCCACGUGAAGUUGCAGCGCGGCAGGCUUCAUUCGGAUGGCUAGGGGAGAGUGUUUUUUGUUGCGGCAAAAGUAGUCGAAACGUGAUUUUACGUGAAUAAAUAUUCAUGUCAUGAUGCUAGUGGCGAAGGAGGCAAUGGCCAGGCGGAUGAUGGGGCGUUCCCCGUAGGUGUGUGUGUUUUGUCAAGUUAUCGAUAAACGUUGCGAAAAGCCGCGAGCGCGAGCUCAAAUCGAUUCGACAUCCUUUUCCACUUGAUUUUUGUUUGCCGUUUGGCCUUUGUUAGACAUCCUGUUGCAGUGGUGCAUUGUCAAUAGUGUGUGUGUGUGUGUGUGUGAGCGUGUGUGUGGUGGUGAUCUCAUACGCGUCCUUCCUCCUCUGCACCAUUCGGCUUCGGAGGGACGUGAUGGCGCGCCCGAUGUUAAUAUGCUGGCGUUAUCGGUUGACCAUUGUUUGCGGAUUAUUGCUGUUCCGGUGCGAGCCACUGAAGGCUUAUGCUAAUCAACAUCCACCGCUAUCAACGCCGGCGGCACAUCUACUGCACGGGGAGGAUGGGCCCGCCGGUCCGCUCAUCACCACCGGAAACGGUGCCGAAACGAGUGGCUUCGAGGCGAGCGAUGUCUUCCGAUGUUGCUCCGAGGUUCAGGGAUCCUGCAAGGCGGCCUGUGAAAAUCUGUCACUGGCACGCAUCGCUUCCGAACCGGGGUCGCGCGAGGCCAAGCUGGUGGACGUGCGCAAAUACUGUCCCCGGCAGCAGGUCCCCUUCUGGCAGUGCAUGAACGAGACGAUGGUGGCGGUCCAGCGCGGUGCAAGCUGGCCGGGACGAAUCUGCUGCCCGCUCGCAAUGUCCGUCAGAUGUCAGCACGUCUGUGCCACGGGGUCAUCGCGGGAAGAUUUGCGCCCGGGCUGUCGGGCGAGCGACGAGCAGCAGCUGUACGGCUGCUUGAAGCGUCAGGAGGACGGGCAUCGGUGCUGCAGCAGUGCCCGGACGGCCGAGUGUCUCGAGGCGUGCGGGGCAGUGUUCCACCGCUACCAGACACCGUCGAAGGCGCUGCGCGAACAGGUGCUGACGGCGUGCCGUACCAACAACAGUAACGUGAUGCAGUGCAUCAAAGGGUUUAUCGACGUGACCUUCAACCGGAACCUGAAGCGAUAUGUCCCGUGCUGUGAUGCGUCGCCGGAACCAAAGUGUCGCCGGGUCUGUCACGAAACGCUUACCGCCGGCGGUUCCGACACGGACCCGUACACGGUGGAGGAAAUGAUUGAUCUGCUGCAGCAUCGGGGCGGCUGCGGUGCGCUGAUGCCAACCCUGCCGCUGUGGAAAUGUUUCCUGGAGGCCGACAAGCAGCGGACCACCGGUCAGCAGGCCGACUCGAACGAGGUGUCACGUAUCAACCAGAUCGGUAUGGAUUCGGCCAAGCAGCACUGCUGCCUGAAGGCCGAAUCGGUACGGUGCCGGCGCCUCUGCUCCACGACGUACGCGAACGAGUGGACGACCAAUUUGGUGGACUUCGAGCAGGAAUGUUUGGCGGCGCCGGAGGAACACGCCCUGCGGCAGUGCAUCGACGAAGUCGACGAACCGUGCGAGCUAGGCUGCGACGGGCUGUCGUUCUGCAGCAACUUCAACAACCGGCCGACGGAACUGUUCCGCAGCUGCCGGCACCAAUCGGACAUGGCGGCCCGGGGCGAUGUGGAGCAGUGGCGCCGGCAGGGCUUCAUCCCCUUCCCCGGCAACGUGCGUCUGCCCAUCCGCAACGAGACGCAAUGUUCGUUCGAGAUCUGGAAGUCGAUCGCCUGCACGCUGCAGAUCAAACCCUGCACCAAGGGCCACCACACGAACCACAUCUGCCGGCAGGACUGUCACGAGGUGCUGAAGAACUGCGUCGACUGGGAUCGUAUGCCGGACGGGCUGACCGUGUCCUCGCUCUGCCAGCAGCUCGCACCCCAAAACAACUCGCUGCCCUGCAUCUCGAUGGGACGGUUUCAGGCGCACGGGAUCGGGCCAGGCGGCAUGAUGGAUGGGGAGGAGCGCAUUAUCGCGGACGUCGCGCUUGUGUCCCCGUGCAAGGGCAAUCCUUGCAAUGCGACGCAGCUGUGUGUUGCCAACCGUGACGGAACGUUCGGCUAUCGGUGUGUGAAUGGAUGUCCGCUGGGUGAAGCGUCCUCGUAUCUGGUGCCGGUCGGUGCGUUCGUUCGCAUACCGGUGUCCGUGACGCAGAAGGGAUGCCUGAAGGUGUGCCGGUGCGGUGAGUCAGGACGGAUCGAAAAGUGUCAGCCGCUGCCGUGCAUCAGCUACGAUUCGUGCACGUUGGCCGGUAAGCGGUUCCCGCAUCUGACGCACUUCUACGUGGAGUGUAACGUGUGCAGCUGUUUCGCAGAAGAGAUCACCUGCACCAAGCGACAGUGCCACGUGCCGGGGCUUACGGUGGAUCGAUCGUUCACGAGUCUGCCCUGCAACUGUCCCGCUCACUAUGUGCCGGUGUGCGGCCGCAACGGGAACACGUACCCGUCCGCCUGCGUCGCAAAGUGUGCCGGCAUCCAGGAGGGUGACAUCGAGUUCGGCCCGUGCCGGGCGAGGAAUCCUUGCGAGCGGAUCGAUUGUGGCCCGCUGUCGGUGUGUCUGCCCGAGUGGAACGUUUGCUUGUCCGGGAUGCACAAGCCCUGUCCGCAGUAUCGAUGCGUUAACCUCACGCAAUCGAACUGCUCCACGAUCACGGACAUCCGCGACACGCACCUGGGCUACCAUGCGAACCUCUGCAGCAUGGUGUACGAGCGAGCCACAUUCGCGUACCGGGAAAAGUACCGCAAGCUCUGCGAAACAUCUCGCCGCCGGAAUCAGGUCUGCGGCGUGAACGGGGUCACGUACCGGAGCGAGUGUGAGGCGUGGAGCGAUUACUCCACCGUCGACUACAACGGACCGUGUCAGGAGGUGGGUCUCAUCAGCCCGACGCUCGAUGCGCGCUGCUCCUCGAUCAAGUGUCCCCGGCGCAAGCUGCCCAACUGCAGUCCGGUACUGCCGCCCGGUGCCUGCUGCCCGGUGUGUGGAACCGCCCUCCGCAUCGUGUACUCGCGCAAACAGAUCGACCGGGGUCUGUACGCGCUCAAGGGCCAAUCGACGGAGUAUCUCACGCUCCGGUCCAUCCUUCGCUCGCUCGAGACGUUGCUGCAGACGGUCGAGUGUCGGCUCAGCGGUCAGCUCACGUUCGAGAACGAUCUGUACGUGGUGCUGGAAACGCUGAGCCGCAAUCCAUCCCGCCUGCAGAUGCAGAUCUGUGCCCGGGAAGCGGAACGGCUCGUUACGCUCGUCCGGACGCAAAGCCACCGGAUCACGAGCGAGCUGAAUCUGAGCGCACUGACGGUGGCGACGCUGGUGACCGCCUCGAGCGGUGUGCCGCUCGUGUACAGUAGUGUAGUAGUGGUGGUAGGAGUUACGGUAGUGAACGUUCUGGUCGGUGCCGUAAGGCGCACACGACUGUGAAAGUGAAUUCGCACGUGCCAAACUAGUGGGUAGGAGUGCUGGAGGAGAGCACAAUGACGCGCUGCUGUCUCCAGAACGGCGCAAACGGCCUGACUGUGAUUCUAGUUGUAGUUGGAGGAAGGAGGUGGUAGGCGGGUGGUGAGAGAGCAUUUAAACAUUACGCGGAUCCGCGGGGAUUCGUAGCCAAAGCAGAGCAAAACUGCAGCAAUAAUUGUCUAGUCUCUAAAGGGGAAGCAAAAUUCAUCGCGCCUUAAAGAAAUAUUGCACACGGACGAUGUCAUGACAGGAAAGCCAGGACAAGU